GCAUUGCCGGCGCCACGAUCCACCGACCGUGCCGGAAGCCGCGCGUUCGAUGCCGACGGCCCGCACCUUGCUUACUGUCAGUCACGGCUCGGUCGCCAUCAUGGAGAGCGUCACGGAAUGGCCAUACGAUAAGGUUUUGCAACUUAUCGCGCUAUUUCAACAACGGCCGUUGUUGUGGGACUCCCAAUGCGAAGCCUACAAGGACCGGCAGAAACGCCACGAGGCCACGCUAGAGCUCGCGGCACAUUUCAAUGUUGAGAGAGAUGAGAUUGAACGAAAGCUGAAGAAUCUCCAGAGCCACUUCUAUCGCGAGGUCAAAAAGGAGGUGCAAACCAAGUCAUCGGCCGGUACCGGCACGACCGGAAUCUACCGCAGCAAAUGGUUCGCCUAUAAUGCAAUGAGAUUCCUGGCGGAGUACAAGAGUAAACCGAGACGAUCUCAUAUUCAGGUCGGCGGCAAGGUGCCGGCAACACGGCAAAAGACGGCGGUCCGUGUGCCAAUACUAAGACACAACGAUAAGAGUCGCCUCAAGAAAUCUGAACACGAACCGAGAAACUCCUCUUUACGGAGAUCUUCUGCAAUUAAGAACGAAAAUUCUGCAUCCGCCGUAAACGAUUUUUUAUAUAUCGACGCAAACCAGCAAAAUAACAUGGAUAACAGUCAAAUGGAAUAUUGGGAAGAGAAGCCGGUCAGUACGGGUAGUCAAGAUCCAAUUGAAUUCGCAAUCGGAUUACAAACGAACGAGGUCCAGCAACAGCAAUCGCAGCAAGUUGUCAACUUUGAGGAUAACCGGCCGAACGAAAAAGAACUCUCAACUCCUUGCAAACAAGAUGCGAAGACGCUGAUGUCCAAGGACACGAUCGCACCUACGAUCGAUUUUCUCCUCGCGGAAUUAAAGGCUCACGGCUCGAACGAUCCGGAAUUGAUUUUCUAUCGAAGUCUUAUACCGGAUAUUAUGAAACUCUCCGACAAAAGGCGUAGGCAGUUCAAGGAAGUAGUACUUUGCACUUUGAAUAAGCUCCUGGAUGAGGACGAGAGUGCCUGUACAGUGAAGACGUAAAAUUGACCUUGUGAAAUUCGACAGAAAAAAACAUACAGUUUUUUUUACCAUUUUCUCUCGAUUUAGCAAAUUUACAUAUGUACAUACAAAUUUAUAUGGUUUUAUAACAAUAACAAUAAAAAUGAUACUUUAAC